AUGUCAAAUGACUAUAUAUUAGAUAUCAAAUGCCAAAAAACGUAAACAAGUGUAUUUUCAAUGUGGAAAUAAAUAUUUUCUAAUAUAAUCAAUCAAAGAUGGAUUUCAAAAUGGAGCAGGAUGAUCUAUUCAUAAAUUCGGAUGUAUUCAACGGUCAUGAUAUCGCAGAAAUCGAAGACUUUCUGAGUGGUUGUGAUGGAGAUUUUAUGAAAACACUUGAAGAUGAACUAGCUCGCGUAGAUGAUUUGCCUCUACUCAGUGUUGAUACUAAAGUAAAAUCCGAGGUAGCAACACAGCCUCAAGUGUCGCCAUGCUACAACCCUACGGGGAACCCAAUGGUGUCACAGUAUACGCACAGAGCAAAGACACAGCCUGUAAGCCCUCCUCAGGCUAAAGGUAGCCCUGUCCAAGGAGUGUACGCCAGAGAAGAGAGUUAUAAUUUGCCGCUAAACGAUGGCGCGCCGCUGCCAGAUGUCACGCAGCAUGGCCGCAAGAGAAUGCCCGCACAGGCCCCCAUGAUUGUGCAACAGGUUGUCCAGAGUCCAGUCUAUGUAAAUUUGGCACCAAAUGUGCAACAGAUGGAUUUAAAUACACAAAUGAAUGUAAACCAGCAAGCAAAAGGAAAGCCUACAAGCCAGCCUCUGCUGAUACAAAACAAUGCCAAAGGAGUAACACCAUUACUUUUAAAAACAUCUGAUGCAAACUUUUCUCCAGUUGUGUUGCAGUCAAAUAUCAUAAAUCCUGAGACUCAGACUUUUAUGUACACCAGUCCUCCUGUACAAGGAACACCGCAAGGUAUCAUCACAAACACUAAGACAGGUACAGAGAACCGGCCCAUACAUACAUUCUUCACCAGCAACAAUGGACCAACUCUCUUAACAGGCAUACCAGUAGUUCUCGAUGGUGAAAAGAUAACUUUAAGUCAGGCACCCAACAUGGGUGUACCUAAAGUUAAGGAAGUGAAACGGAGUGCGCACAAUGCUAUUGAAAGACGUUAUAGAACUAGUAUUAAUGAUAGAAUAGUGGAACUCAAGAAUAUGCUGGUCGGAGAAGAAGCGAAAUUGAACAAAUCAGCUAUAUUAAGGAAAACAAUAGAAUACAUAAAGUACCUGCAGAAUCAGAAUACUCGUUUAAAACAAGAGAACAUGGCUCUAAAGCUGGCGUUCCAGAAGUCUGGAGUGAAGGAGCCACAGUUUGAUGUUACUUACACUCCUCCGCACAGCGACAUCUCAUCACCGUCCAGUUCACCACACGGGUUUGACAGUGAUUCACCUUCUUCGCCUGAGUAUAAGGUUGAAGAUAAGUACUCAAACUCGAAGAUUGUUAUGGGUAUGGGCGACCAUUCCCGGCUGGCGUUGUGUGCCUUUAUGGUUGGUUUAAUAGCUUUCAACCCAUUCAGUUCAUUCUUUGGUAACUUCAUGAUGGAGUCUUCUGUCACUGAUUUCUCUGCAAGGGUUGAUCAAAGGAAAAUAUUGGCUGAUGAUGAUUUUAGUUCGACGGGAAUGUCAUGGGGAGCUUGGUUAUUCAGUACUUUCUUCAUAUACAUGAUAAAUUUCCUUGUAUUGGGAGGAUGUCUGAUCAAGUUAUUAGUGUAUGGCGACUCUGUACCAAAAUCACAAUCGAAAGAAGCUGGACUUUUUUACAAACAUAAACGACAAGCGGACAAUUUUAUAAAAAAGGGUGACUUAGAAAACGCUCGGUUGGAAUUGCACCGGAGUCUGGCGGUGUCAGGCAAGAGUGUGCAGGCGGGUGGGCAGGGACACGCGAAGUACUCUGCUCUCAUCGCCGCUGUAUUACGUCAGAUGCUACAACGACUGCCCUUUGGUGCCUUCCUUGCGAGGAGAGCUGGUGAUUUGUGGAGUGACAGCCCAUCACGCCGAGCUACGCAACACUGGGCGGCUGAAGUAUCAACCGUAUCCCACCGUCUCGCACAGCUAGAGAUACUGUCAAGCCACAGCGGCCGCAGCGAGCGAGUGCUUCUAGCGUUACAAGCAGUCAACUUAGCUGAAGUGACCGGCAACAGACAUCUGUUGGCUGAUACCUAUGUUACCGCAGCACUGGUCUUCAAGGAUUAUAUGCCCAAGUUCGGCAAUUGGUUGUGUGGUUAUUACCUAAGCCUGUGCCGCGUGUCAUGUGCCGACUCUCUCUCGGAAUGGCCGGUGCGUCUACGCUGGGUGGGCAGCCCCCGGGGCAUGCGGUUCCUGCGCACGCGACGCUGGACUUACGAACGUAACCCAGCUACUGCAGCUCUGUUCUGCAGGCUGCCUGACCCUGCUGAUCCAUUGGCUUAUGCUAUGAGGGCUUACCAUCUGGAGCUUCUUCAAAAGAGUCUGCAAAUGCUGCUGUGUGCUGACGAGCGAAGCAAUACCCGCGAUGUGCUGGAGCUGAUCAAACUGAUCACUGAUGACGUGUCUACUGAUGCCCCUCAGCAUACUGGCUGCUGGGACCCUGUAAUGGAAUGGUGGGCAAACCUAGUGGGUGUGGCCGCUACCUGGUUGCUGGCCGACACGGGCAAAGCCGUGGAAAUCGGCGAUCGACUCAACAUGUUGCCCGAACCGCUCGCCAACUGCGAAGAUCCUUUACCAGGGGCAUUGCAUAUGGCAUACAAAAGCCGGCGCGGGCUAUUGAGCCUCGCUCAGUGCCGAGAUGAGCACUCGUUCGACAGGACCGCCGAGACCAUACUCAAGGUGUGCGACAUUGCUGGAACCAGAUUAGCGGAUUCCUUAGCUUACUACUGCUGCCGCAAACCUACACAGCUUAUGUUGCUUAUGCAAGUUCUCUGCUGCGAUUGGCUACUGGAAGUCCGCGCGGGAGUGUGGGAGGCGAGCGAGGACCGCGCAUGCGCCGUCACCGCGGAAACGUUCUGCGGACCUGCACCUCACGUACAGUUGCGCGCUUUCCAACGAGACCUGCACUCUUUGAGGAGAAUAUCGCAAAAUUUGCCGUGGGUGACUUCCCGCGUUUUCUUGCAAUCUGCGGUUUGCCGAAUGAUGGCUGGCGCAGCGCCCAGACGCACACAGCAGCUGCUGGACGGCAGCCUGCGACCGAGGCUCAAUCGCUCCUCCAUCAUUUGUGGCAAAGAGCGCGCGCUGGAGGGCGGCGGCGGCGAGGGCGAGCGCGCCGUGGCGCUGUACAUGGCGUGCAAGCACCUGCCGCCCGCCGUGCUCGCCGCGCCCGGGGAACGCGCCGGCAUGCUGGCGCAGGCCGCAGCCACCCUGCAGAAGAUCGGCCACCGCUCCCGCCUGCCACACUGCUACCACCUCAUGAAGUCCAUCGGCACCAUGCCCUCUGCACCUUAACACUAAUGUUCCGCCUACAGAACAAAUGUAUAGAUACUUGUUUGUUGCAUGAAUCAAAUUUAUUGAUAUCGUAAUAAAUUAUAAUGAAUUCUUUUUUUUAUAA